GAAGUCUCUAAAAUAUUGAUAUGUCAGAGCUUCAGUGCUUAGCAUAAUCUCGACUGACUCUCCUUUCCGUUCACAGUUUUUCUGCCCUUAGCCGGCGGUAGACAAUUACCAACGAGUGAUUCCGACGAACAGGGGCAAUUGCAUAAAAUUAUAUAGGUAAUAUAGAAUGAUAAAUGGAAGAUGUACAUGUGAAAGGAUGCUGAGAAGAAUGCAGAAACCCUAACAGCACUCUGUUGAUUCAAAUUUUUUUUUGGAUAUUUAGAUUUAUUUAAACUACUGAACUUCGCUUGUGCCCAACCAGGAAUAUCCCACUUCAAAAAAUUCAAAAAAUUCUCUUCAAUGAAUGCUCUGUUCUUUUCUUCGUCUCCCCUCCUCGCCACCCCUUCCCGAAAAGCCCCACCUUUUAUUCCCCUACGGCAUCAUUGUUAUAGCCAUUAUAGUAGUUAUCAUCGUGGCAAUUACCCAUCUUUUCCUUUACUCUCAUCUUCGAUUCAUAGAUUAACUGUUGGUGCUGCCACUCCUUCAAAUGAGGAAGCUGUAUCUGUUAUUGAUUUUGAAGAUUUUAUGGAGAAAGAUUGGUCAUUUCUCGACUCCGAUGGUACAAAUUCUGAAGAGGAGCAUAAGCAAAAGACUGAUUGGAUAAUCUCUAAAGGGAAUAUUGGAGAGAAUUCUAGGGUUUUGGUUUCCACUGGAGCGGAGGAGUUUGUGGAUCAGUUGGUUGAUUCAUCACCCUGCCAACUUUUGCUUGUUGUCCAUGACUCACUCUUUGUACUAGCAGGAAUUAAAGAAAAAUAUGACAAGGUUAAGUGUUGGCAGGGAGAGCUAAUAUAUGUCCCGGAGAAAUGGACACCUUUUGAUGUUGUUUUUCUCUAUUUUCUGCCUGCCUUGCCCUUUGAACUUGAUCGAAUCUUUGGAGAGCUUGCGAAGCGAUGUUUGCCGGGGGCAAGAGUGGUUAUCAGCCAUCUUCAGGGGAGGGAAGUGCUAGAGCAGCAACGAAGACAAUAUCCAGAUGUGAUAAUCUCUGACUUGCCUGAUAAGAUGACUUUACAGAAGGUUGCUGCUGAUCAUUCUUUCGAGAUGACUGAAUUUGUUGAGGAACCCAGUUUUUAUCUUGCUGUUUUGAACUUCCGCGAGGUGAGAAACUCAAAGGAUUAGGUUUUUUCUCUUCUCAAACCUGAUUUCCUGUAACAACUUCAUGUGCAAGACUUGUGAGUUUAAUGGACAAACACUACAUUCACAAA